AUAGAAUGCGCCUCGGUCACCAACCUCACUCAACCUCACUCAACCGCAGCAUCAACACGACACUCAACCAAACGCAAUCAUAUCACACACACGAACCGCCCGCCAAUCUCCCAUCUCUGUACUAUCCAUGACAGCUCACUUCCCCCACGGACUUCGCUCUGUUGAUUGGAGGCCCCCUCUGCCAUCUCUAUUCCAAAUCUGGGCCGUCUCAGCUCGGGUAUCUGCACUGGCUCGAGACUGGACCACCAACCCGUCCCAAGCCCCAACAUGCCCCAGCUGCACAACAGAUCCCGUACUCGAUACAGUAGCGCAUGCAGAUCUCUCCCGCUUUCCCAGCUCGAGGGCUUCGGUGACACCAAUCAGAAGAACGUUGGGUGCACAGAACGGGAGAUGCCACCAAAUACUGUAUCGUUGCUUGCUCUCCUCUGGGACCACUCCUGAUUGGCAUUCCAUCUCCCAUAUCUUGGUGACACCAGCCUGGCGAGGCCGGAUCAUCGUGUGGAUUUGCCGCAACGAGGAAGGUCACCUUGUCACCAACAGGAACUUACAUGAAUUACCUCACCUUGCACCCCUCAACCUCUGUGCGACGUCAACCCGUUCCAGCGCGCUAGGUUAAACUUGUACUUUGCCCAUGUCCAUGCUUUCGUUGGCUUGACUUGACUUGGCUUGACUUGGGUACUCGCCGAGGUGAGUCGCGCUUUCUUCUUCCAGAACUAGGUCUGUCCGACUCCAACUGUGCCUCUCCCACGAGCUAUCCUCUGCUACUGUACAACGGAAAUUUAAUGGCGAACGCCUCUUUACUCCUGACCACCUAUGAUAUUCUUUCAUUCCUAUUCCUCUCCUGGCAGCGGGUCAUUCUGGACUGUUGAGCUGCACUUAAGACCUAUACAUUCCCCCAUGUUCCCCAUCCUCCUUGGUAGACGUACAACCGUCCCUCGUGUCCAUCGAUCG